CUUCCCCAGGGACCGCAGGCGCUGGUUACGGUCCAAGCCAAACGCGUGUCGUCGCUAUCACCUCGCCGAGUGAGUUGUCGUCAAAGCGCCCUCUAUCCUCGCGCCAUGACAGAGCCGGAGGUCCUGACGGAGGUGCCGGCCUCGCUGAAGCGCCUCGCCAAGUUCAUCGUGCGCGGCUUCUACGGCUCGGAGUAUGCGCUGGCGCUCGACGUGCUCAUCCGCAACCCGUGCGUGCGCGAGGAGGACAUCCAGGAGCUGCUCAAGUUUGACCGCAAGCAGUUGCGCUCCGUGCUCAACACGCUCAAGGCCGACAAGUUCAUCAAGUGCCGCAUGUGCAUGGAGACGGCGCCCGAUGGCAAGUCGACGCGCCACAACUACUACUUCAUUAACUACCGCCUGCUCGUCAACGUCGUCAAGUACAAGCUCGACCACAUGCGGCGGAAGCUCGAGACCGACGAGCGAGACUCCACAAACCGGGCCUCCUUCCGAUGCCCCGACUGCAGCAAGACCUUCACCGACUUGGAGGCCAACCAGCUGUAUGACAUCGCUAGUGGCCUGUUCAUGUGCACGUUCUGCCGGAGGGAGGUGGAGGAGGACGAGUCGGCGGUGCCCAAGAAGGACGCGCGCACGCUGGUGGCUCGCUUCAACGAGCAGAUCGAGCCCAUCUACGCCCUGCUGCGCGAGACCGAGGACAUCAACCUGUCACACGAGGUGCUGGAGCCCGAGCCCAGCGACAUCCCUGCUCUCAAGCACCUGUUGCGCGGCCAGGCGGUGGGCGCUGGCCUCGUGCCGGCCCGCGAGGCCUGGUCGGCGAGGGCCCCCACGUACGACGACCUCUACACGCAGAACGUGACCAUCAGCCUGGAGCAGGGCGACCCGGAGCGACGCGGCGGCUCCUCCUCCGCCACGGCCGCCGCCGCCUCCGAAGACCGCCGCCCGGCAAAGGAGCGGCCCGUGUGGAUGACGGAGAGCACCGUGCAGGGCGCCUACCACGACUCCGCCGCCGCAGUCUACGCAGGCGUGGGCUCCGAGACGGGCCCGGACGGCUCCGACCAGCGCGGCGGCGGUGCGGGUGGCCACAAGCUGGACAGCGAGGAGGUGAUGCGGGCGCUGCUGGUGCACGAGAAGAAGAGCAGCCUAGCGACGGGCGCCACCGCCGCCGCCUCCUCCUCCUCGCUGGCCGACACCCGCGCCGCCGCCGCCGCCAUCGCCACCGUCGGGGGGGGCGGCGGUGGGGGGGGCGGAGGGGUGGGGGGAGGCGCCGGCGGGGCCAGCGACUCGGAGAGCGACACGAGCGAGUCGGGCGACGACUCCCCGCCGGCAAAGCGGCGGCCCCAGGCCUCGUCGGCGCACGCGGCUCUGCAGCACCGGCACCAGCAGAAGCAGCAUCAUCAGCACCAGCGGCACUUGCCCCAGCACUCGCAGCAGCAGCAGCAGCGGCGGCGUGACGGGCAGGUGGACUACGAAGAUGACGAUGACGACGACGAUGACGAGUUUGAGGAGGUGACCACCGUGACGGUGAUGGUGGCCGGGCGGCCGUACCCCUACAGCGAGGUGAGCCAGAACCCGCAGCUGGUGGCCCAAAUGACGGCCGAGGAGAAGGAGGCGUACAUCCGGACGGGCCAGGAGAUGUUUCAGGAUAUGUACGACUGAGGAGCGGCGGCGGGCUCUCCACCGCGGGGCGAGGGGGGUGCGGAGCAGAGGACAAGCGGCCGUGCUUCGGUGGGACUCGGCGGCACGAGAUGUGACCGGGGGGGGAAAGGAGGAGGGGGGGGUGCUCGCUGCAAAAACACCAGCGGGCCAUCGCUGCAGGGUUCACACACGUGUUACGAUCGCCCGCCCGCCCGCGGUACCCCUAUUCUGAAUCGGAAUCAGAAUAUUUAUUCAUACCGGACAAAUCCGAUGAGCUUAUUAAGCUCUUUUUCACAGAUGUGUCUGAUAAGGGGCACGGGUUCAGAAAGAUUUAGUGGGGCGCUGCCCCCUCAAAUGUUUGUGACGGUGAGGAGCGGGGAAUGCAGUUUGGCAAUGUUACGGCCUCCAUAUAAUGUCCUUGUUUUCUCCCAUUCCUGAAAACAUCAUCAAACGUCGCUGUGAAUAAAAUGUAGCGAAAGCGUG